UCCUUUCUCAACAGCACAAAAAUCACCCGGGAAAGCUUUUCAGUGACACUUUGCAAGACUACAUGCACAUCUGACCUGCUCGCGAAUUAUCUUCACUUUCUAACACAAAAAUGCCCGCGACUUCAGACAUAGUCAUCGAGGAGGUGCACAGGGAGCCCGGCUGCAGAGUGGAGGCAGAGACCCAGGAGCCUGCAGCGGGGGAGACAAAGAGGAACUUCGGUAUCUUCUGUGAUGAACGAGGGUAUCUGGAUCAGGUCGAGUACAUCAUGCAGCACGGCCGCCGGAAAGGAGACCGAACCGGGACAGGAGUCGUCUCUGUGUUUGGUGCUCAGGCCAGAUACAGUCUGAGAGAUCAGUUUCCCCUGCUGACGACCAAGAGAGUGUUCUGGAGAGGGAUACUUGAAGAACUGUUGUGGUUUAUAAAGGGAUCAACAAACGCCAAGGAGCUCUCAGAGAAAGGGGUGAAGAUUUGGGAUGCUAAUGGUUCCCGCGGCUUCCUGGACAAUCUGGGGUUCACAGACAGAGAGGAGGGCGACCUAGGACCUGUGUAUGGUUUCCAGUGGAGGCACUUUGGUGCAGAGUACACAAACAUGCACGCAGAUUACAACGGACAGGGUGUUGACCAGCUGCAGAAGGUGAUUGACACCAUCAAGAAGAACCCAGAGGACAGACGGAUCAUUAUGUGUGCCUGGAACCCCAAAGACCUGCCCCACAUGGCUCUGCCCCCCUGCCACGCUCUCUGUCAGUUCUACGUUUGCGAUGGCGAGCUGUCGUGUCAGCUGUACCAGCGCUCUGGCGACAUGGGUCUUGGAGUGCCUUUCAACAUCGCUAGCUAUGCACUUCUCACCUACAUGAUCGCACACAUCACAGGACUACAGCCAGGCGACUUCGUUCACACUCUGGGUGAUGCUCACAUCUAUGUCAACCACAUUGAACCUCUUAAAGUACAGCUUCAGAGGGAGAUCAGACCGUUCCCCAAGCUGAAGAUUCUGAGGAAAGUGGAGAGUAUUGAUGAUUUCCGCACAGAGGACUUUGAGAUCUGUGACUACAACCCUCAUCCCACCAUUAAGAUGCAGAUGGCUGUGUAAAUGUCAUUGUGUUGGGGUAUGAAUAUGGGGUUUGUAUGGUGCUUUAGGAAAAUGUGUCAUUGUUCAUAUGUAAAUUUUUUAUAAUUCAGUCACUUUUAAAGUUGCUGGG